AUAAACCCUAUCCAUUCAAUAAAAGGUUUCCCCUCAACUUCAACACUGCAGCUCCUUGGCGCCAUAACCAAUUCUGCGCAAAAACCCCAGAAAGGGGAAAAAUAUGAUUGCUUGCAAUACCCUAAUCCGUGCGCACCUAUCUAAUCUUCAUUGUAAACUUGACUUAAACCCUAAACCAUUCUUUUUUCCCCUUUCACUUCGCCUCCUUACUUCAGUUCCUUUAUGCAAUCGAAUUAGUUCCUGUAGAAUCCGAACGAGGUCUUUCUCGGCUAUACCGGAAGUAGCCCCUUUAGAAGAUGAAUCCCCGGAAGACUUGGCAAAGGACACCGUGGAACACCUGCUGACUCACCAAGAUGAUGUUGCGAGGUUGAUGAAAAUGGAGAGGAGAUCGGGAAUGGAUAUCCAUAGCAAGCGGUGGUUUCCUUACUUGGAUAGGUUUAAGUGUGGGAGUGAGUCCCUGAGCAGCAGGGAGGUUAUAGAGGCAGUCGCACCUGUCUUGAUGGAGGAGAGGAAAGAAAGGUUGAAGAGGGUGGUGAGAAAUAGGAGCUAUUCAGUUUGCUUGGUGGUUGAAGGGCUGUGUGAUUUCGGCAAUGUUUCAGCCACGUUCAGGUCUGCUGAUGCUCUUGGCUUGCAGUCAGUUCAUGUGGUAUCGUGUGACAGCUCAAAAAGAUACAGAGAAAACCGCCAUGUCAGCAUGGGUGCAGAGAAGUGGUUGGAUAUUGAACUUUGGAACUCUCCCAAGGAGUGUUUCAAAGUCUUAAAAUCACGUGGUUAUCGGAUUGCUACAACACACGUAGGAAUGGAUGCGGUAUCCAUAUACGACAUGGAUUGGUCAAGGCCAACUGCAAUUGUAGUUGGGAAUGAAAAUAGGGGAAUAAGUGAUGAGGCGCUGGAACUGUCAGAUUUGCAUUGUAGUAUUCCGAUGAAAGGCAUGGUUGACUCUUUUAAUGUUUCAGUGGCUGCAGGCAUAGUCAUGCACCAUGCUGUUUGUGACAGAACAGUGCGCCUGGGUUGUCAUGGUGAUCUGAACGAGGAUGAAAGCCAAAUCUUAUUGGCAGAGUUCUUGUUGCGUCAUAAUAAUAGCUCAAUCAGCAUAGCUAACGAGUACGCUAAGCGGAAGGCUCAUAUGCCUCUCAUACCAAGACUGUGACGCUGUUCUUGAAGUCCUUACUGUAUGAUUUAUGUAAGAUUAUGGUGCACACUUCAACUCCAAUGUCUCAGUAGAUGUGGCUGCCAAGAAAUGAAGAACUGGAGUUUGAUGAUAUCAUUUCAAGCCUUCAUAGAAAAAAGGGUAAAAGUGACUGACUUAACUCAGUUAAGCUAGAGUUUUUCAGAUGAAUGCAUGCGUUAGAAGGUUCUAAGCCACUUGUUUGCAUGUCAAACCCUAGAAUAUCAAGGAUUAUGAUAUUUCAUUGUAGCUGAUGCCGUAUUCACACCGUUUAGAAAAAUUAUAAUGCAGAAUUCUAAUUAUUUUUCAA